CUUUUAGGUGUGCGUCGGAGCAGGCAACAGUCUUCCGUUACGCUCAGUGUUAUAACGACAGUGGUUGAGUACGAACUAAGUUGAGACGAACACGCGCUUCGGGCAUAGUGAACUGUGGCUUGAACUUUGCUGUGCUUUUGAGUUGGUGUGUGAUUUAUUAUAUUCGUGUACCAGAUUUUAACAAGGAAUAUUAUUUACUACUGAACAGGUAUAACUACAAAAUAUCUAAGUGUAUUAAGUCACCCGUCAUCGCGUGUUUGAUUUAACAAAGCCGACAAGUUGAAGACACUUUAAAGAACGUCGUUUCUAUUAUCAUCAACUACGAGUACAUACAACUGUAAGAGGAUACAGAAAAAGAUCGCUACGAAUUAUCAUCAGCUACGUCACCUAGAAGUACAAAGAGGAUACGGAAAAAGGUGCCCAAUAAUUAGUGGCAUAAACAAGAUGCCCAGCCACAUCUACUCAGCGUGAUCGUUUUGUACCGCCGACGAACUAAACGACGUGCCAUGGACCACCGGAUAUUUAUCCUUUUGGCGAUAUCCGCCCAACUAUGUAGCACCGCAUCAGGCGAGGGCAACAACUUCAUCACUCAGACCGUGUACGGAUUUCUCGACUUCACGACUACGAUCGGGAACACUGUUAUGGUGUUCUCGCCACAUUCUGCACCACCACCUGAACCACCGCAAACAGAAAAAUCUGUUCAAGAAAAUAUCAUUGAGACUAAACCACCGCCUAUCAAUAAUGUAAAGCCAGAAGCUAUCAAGCCAAGUAAAACUACAAACAAGGACAAAACCAAUAAAGCAGGCGCUCCAGUUGUGGCAUCAAGUGCUAUUUCUGUUGUAACGUCUCCUCCAAAAAAAGACGAUAAAGUUGUCAAUAUUCCAAAAUCAGUUCCUAAAGAACAAAAACAAAUUAUAACUAAAGUUGAAGUUGUUGCUGGGCCCUCUAAAAUUGUAGAAAAUAACACUAAGCAACCAGCUGCAAAACCGAACAAACAGUCAUCACAAGCUAAAAAACAGCAAAAAAAUCAAGCAGUUAAAAGUGUAACAAAUAUAGUAAGCAGUAAAGUUGAAGUAAAACAAAAUCCUGUACCAUCUUCAAUAGUCAAUUCUAAAAUUAAUAGUGUGGUUCAAAUAAAAUCGAGCCAAGCUGAAGAAGAGCCAGCAAUUUUAGUUUCUAAUAACAUAGCCGAACCAGAGUACGAUUAUUUGUCACGACAACCAUCCGAAUUUGUAGAAGAAACAUAUAGAGUAAUUAAUUUAAGACCGUCAAAAGCACACCCACAGAAACCAAAGAAUAAUUUAAAAAACCGACACCCACCAACUCCACCUUCAGAAGACGAUGACCAUCCCUUAGGACUUGUAACUACUCUCGGAGGAACAAUUGUUAAAGAUGGGCUCACAACGGUUCAUGAAACUAGUGUUAUAGGUACAUACAUAUCAGGAAAAUACGCCCAAGUACUAAAUAGCAACUCGAAGAUAUUACAAUCUGGCCACAAAGCUAAAAUAUCACCAAGUUCUCCUCAUAGAAUUUUAAAAACUGCUGCGCCUGCUAUAUCGAAAAAUCAUAGACACCACUUGGAACCUACUCCAUCUAUAAGUGAUGGAGAUAAUAACAGUAAAACGCCACGGCGGCAAGGAAACGGAGGAAGUGCUUUUAAAAAUCGUCAUAAAUCUCAAAUUAAUGAAAAUUCUGAGAGCGCUGAACCACCUAGCCAAGGCAAAAAAUUCAAAAACAGAAAUUCUUCACCUAGUCAGCGUACUCAGAGUACACGUUUUGGUCGUCCAGCAAACAAACCUCAUCUGGCAACCGUAUCUGUUUUCAGUGAAUCAUCGUCACCUUCUUACUCUAACAGAAGAAAAAGCAACCGAAACUCAGGUCACAAAACCACAGUGACCCCUUCCAGCAACGGUGACAGUCAAUCAAGACGUGGAUUCAAGUCUCGUAUACAACCAACAGCAGUCGAGCAAGUUACGCCAGCACCUACAAGCGUUUACAAAUUUAAACUUAAUCGAGCUCCAGGGUCUGGACGUUGGCAAUAUAAAACAAGUCCUAAACCCAAAGUUACUAUCCGCAAAUCAAAUGGUGAAGACGAACAACAAACGACACCAAGCUUAAACCCACUGUUUGAUGACUCGCCGUCUAACGAACUUCAAGCAAGAUCUGAUAAUGAUUUAGAGCAAUCUGGAUCCCAAAGUGGGCCAGGCACUCUAGUAGAUAAUGACACGGAUGACACAAUAGAAAAACCACCACCAGUUGAAACUCUUAAAGUAGAAAUUUCCACGCCAGCUGAUUUUCAAGAUGUUUAUUAUGAAAUAGCAACACUUAAGUCACCAUACACAUUCCAGGUUGGACGUGUAAAAAACACACGCAUAAUAACAGUAACAACUACGAUCGAAAAACGAAUCGAACCCACCCAAUUACCUUAUAAUUCUCAAAUUCCUUUAAAUGAACCAUUGACAGAAAACAUAUUAGCAACAGCUUCACCUUAUGGAAAAGAUAACUAUCUCUUAGAUUCCAGCAUAGCAACUUUACCAGCAAUAACUCUUUCUUCUGAUGUCGAAACUCCUCCUCUAGAAACAGUGACUGAAACAUUUAGUACAACACAGAAUAUGCUAAAAACCCAUAUAUUACCGAUCGUAAGAGAUCCAAAUAUAACAAGUAGUCUGACUUUUAUACAAACAUAUCAAGUAACUAGACUUGUUACAGCUACAAAAACAUUACCUCCGAUGGAAUUCUUCCAGUUUAUACCUAGUAAGACCCUUAAAGAGUUUAACAGUCGCUUAGAUGAAGCUGGUUCUGAACUACAUUUGGAAUUAGAUUUUGGAGACAGUAAUGAAGACGAAGACGGAGCACCACGUCGGGUAUUCCCACCUGAUCUAGAUCUUGCAAAUAUAGGAUCUAACUUUGACUUAACAGAAAUAGAUAAAUAUAGAGACAAUCACUUGCGACUGAAGAAAGCUCACGGACAAAACAAAAACAACCAUGUUACAGAACCACCGAACCCUUCUACUCCUGCUUUGAGCCCCGAACAAGCACAACAGCUAGCUCUUUUAAGACUACUCAAUCCUGCGGCAGCUGCACAAAUUCCGAACGUCGUCACAACAUCAAAGCCAGUACUCAAAUACGAAACCAUUUAUGAAUCACAUGUGAUUCCACUAUUUGACGGAAAGAAUACUAUUCAUAGCACACUAUCUAGACCUGUAGCAACUAUAACAAAAACGGAAUAUGAAAUAGGCACGAGCAGCUUACCGGCUUUGCCUAUCAACCCACUGUUCCCGCAACAACAACAAUUCACUGUAACAUCGACACCAGUUGUUUUGAAUACAGAAGUUGUUGCUACAGAUAGUCAAAUAAUUAAAUUGACAUUUGGUGCCAAGACACUGUACACGACGUUGUUCACAACUAAAGUCGUUCCAACUGUGUUAACGUCUUACGUGACGUCAUCGAUACCGGUGCAGCCGAGCGCGAACUUCCCAGGAUACUUCCCAGCGCCAUAUCCUCCAUUUCCUUAUGUAGGAUAAGUAGGCCAGUUUAUGAAUAAAUACUCGUAGUAAUUUAAUGUAAAACUAAGUCAAAGUCAGUGAUCGUCCAUGCAACAAACGUUUAAAAAAGGACUAAACCGGGAGUGUGUGUCAGUGAAAGUGAACUUUAUUGCUCAUACAUACAUCGAAGCCUUGAGAUAUAAAUAACAUUUUUAAAAGAGCAUAUUAUAAACUGAAAGCUGUGUUCUUUUAGUUAAGUGUUAAAAUACUGAAGAGGAAAUGUAUAGUAACCUUAAUAUUGUAAAAUACCUGAGGAUUACUAGCUUAUUACUGUAAAGAGAAGGCUUACCCUUCGGUACCCUUUACUUAGAUUAAAUAAAUGCUUUGUAAAUAUUCAUAAUUUAUAUUGUAAAUAUUAAAUCGGUUUUGUAACAACAUUAAAGUUUCAUACUUUAUUGUAGAUAAUUAUGAAACAAGAUCCAUCUUAAUUGUAUAUAACAAUAUUGUAUUUUUAUACAUUUUGUAAAAUUAUGCUUUAAUAAAUUGGUUUAUAAUGAAAUAAUAAUCUCGAUGAGCACGAAGAAUAAACAAUCAAAAAGAAUUAAAACAGUAUUUAUGAUUUUAUCGUAGUUAUCAUUACGCUGUUUACGAUUUCAUGUUUAAUUCUUUGGCUUAUUGGGGUGCUUAGAAGUUUUAUUGUUUACCUACAUUUUAGUUUUAUCAUUCACUUAAAAUAUCAAUAGACAAAAUUAUAUAAAGUCAAAAAUAUUCGUCAAAUUUAAUUAUAUAACUGUGACUUAAAUUUUGAAUACCUGUAGGUAAACCUAUUACAUACCUAAUAUUACGACUCCAAUGCCCAUAAUAUAUUUAAUUUUGGCAAAAACAAUUUUUCAAGUCCAGUUUUUGUGUAAAACAUACACAAGAAAAAGUAUCAAAUUUACUCGAGCGUGUAAUAUUUCACAAAGAUGCUGUAUUUCCCAUGGUAUCUUAAUUAAAGUCGUUUCACAGAAAACGGAAGGGAAAGAAACAAAGGGGCCUGGAGUUAUGGAUAAGAUUAAUGGAAGCAGUUUUGUGAACUCACAACCUAUACCUACCUACUUUAUUAAAUUUGGAGUUUGAUUAUGUUUGAAACUUGUUAUUUUAAGUCUGUAAUAAAAAUCUUCUAAAGUG